AUGGCCGACCCCUCCAAGCUCUACUCCCACAUCGAAAUCAAGGCCCCUCCUUCACCACCACCGCCACCACCAUCGAUACCGUUCUCCACUGACCUUGCCGCCGCCGGUCUCCAAGACCAAAGGAUCCCCUUCUUUAGGUCACGCUCUCGGCGCAGCAGAAGCGGCGGCGACACCUGGGUGAUCUCCGUUUUCGUGAUCCUCCACGUGGUGGCCUUCUUCGCCACCAUGCUCGUCAAUGAUUGCUGGACCAUCUCCCACCAGGACUGCGCGUUCAGGGCGCUUGGCAGGCUCUCCUUCCAGACUCUCUCCGAGAACCCCCUUCUUGGACCCUCCGCUUCCACGUUAGAUCAAAUGGGGGCUCUUCGAAGGAAAUUUUUGACAGAAUAUCACCAAACCUGGCGUCUUUUCACAUCUCCAUGUUUGCAUGCUGGAGCCAUCCACCUUGUCAUCAACCUCUGCAGUGUUAUCUUUGUAGGGAUUCACUUAGAACAAGAGUUUGGACCAUUAAGGAUUGGAGUAGUAUAUAUUCUCUCGGCUUUUGUUGGUACCUUGGUGGCUGCACUUUUUGUCGAAGAUAGCCCAGCAGUUGGUUCAUCCGGAGCUCUAUAUGGAUUGCUUGGAGCUAUGCUCUCUAUGCUUAUUAGGAACUGGAAAAUUUACACCGAUAAGUUUGCAGCUCUAGCAUCACUUUUCUUUUUCUCUGUGAUCAAUUUUAUCCUUGGUUUGUUACCUUAUGUAGACAAUUUUUCAAAUAUUGGAGGUUUUAUAUCGGGAUUCCUGCUAGGAUUUGUGCUUUUGUUCAGUCCUCAGCUCAGGAAAGUGGCUCAAAAUAAAGGAGACCUUUACGAAUAUGGUGUUAAUAAAGUUUCUACUAAAUUGAAGUUGAAGCAGAAGCUAGACAGGCCAGUUCUGAGGAGUGUUUGUCUUCUUCUUUUUGGUCUUAUACUUGGUGGAUGUCUUCUAGCAGUUCUUCAAGGAGUUAACAUGAACCAGUAUUGCAGAUGGUGUCAAUAUGUUGACUGCGUUCCUUUCAAAUGGUGGAGCUGCAAAGACAAGGCAACUUCUUGUGAGACCAUGGUGAGCGAUGCACAGUUGACAUUGACCUGCAUGAGUAAUGGAAACUUCAGGGUUUUCCCUUUUACUAACAUUUCGCAAGCAAGGGCAAACGAUUUGUGCACUCUGAUAUGCAGAUAAAAACUUGUGAGUUCUUUUGAUUUUUUUUUGUGAAACAGUAGAGCUAUACAAACUUUUAUAUGCAUACCAAGAUAAAAGCUAGUACGUGUAAAAUGCAGACCAUCAAGUAAUGCAGACCUAUAUGAGCUGAGUAAUGGAAACUUCAGUGUUUCCCUAUCACCAACAUUUUGCAAGAAAAGUUGUGAGUUACAGUUUUGUUAUGAGAUGGUA